AUGGUUUCUGGCGACUACGCCUUCAACCCCGAUCAACACGGCGCAUAUGCCGAACCGUACCAACAGCCGGACGACGGCCGGACUAGGACGCUGCUUGACAACCAAGCCUUCUUUUCUGACUUCGCGGGCCAGCAGCACUACGAACAGAACCAGAUGGGCGACUAUGGUGGCCCUAGAUACUCCGGCGAUGCCUUCUCUCCGACAGCAGCCAUGGCUCCUCCGAUGCUCACUGCCAACGACAUGCCUCCACCCGAGAUAUUGGAGUACCAGGCUCCGCUCGAGCCAAGAGAGGUCCCCUUUGCCAUUCAGGAUCCCCACGACAACAACACGGCCAUGUCUUCGUUCGACAACAUGGCUGCGGUACUCCGUCACCGUGCCCGCACCACUGCCAAAAGACCUGCAUAUUGGGUCCUGGACAGCAAGGGCAAGGAGGUGGCAUCCAUUACAUGGGACAAGCUGGCGUCAAGAGCGGAGAAAGUUGCACAAGUCAUCCGAGACAAAAGUCCUCUUUACCGUGGCGAUCGAGUUGCCUUGAUCUAUCGUGAUAGCGAAAUCAUUGACUUCGCCAUUGCCUUGCUGGGUUGCUUCAUUGCUGGAGUUGUGGCUGUCCCGAUCAAUGACUUGCAAGACUACCAGCGCCUCAACUAUAUUCUCACCUCGACUCAGGCGCAUCUGGCUCUUACUACCGAAAACAACCUCAAGACCUUCCAGAGAGACAUUACUGCGCAGAAGCUCACGUGGCCUAAAGGGGUCGAGUGGUGGAAGACCAACGAGUUCGGCGGUUACCAUCCGAAGAAGAAGGAAGACGCACCUCCGUUAACUGUUCCCGACCUGGCCUAUAUUGAGUUUUCGCGAGCACCAACCGGCGACUUGAGGGGCGUUGUUCUCAGCCACAGGACAAUCAUGCACCAGAUGGCCUGCCUCAGUGCCAUAAUCUCUACCGUUCCCACCAACGGCCCCGGCGAUACCUUCAACUCGACGUUGCGGGACAAGAACGGAAAGCUCAUCGGCGGCGGAGCCAGCAGCGAGAUAUUGCUCUCCUAUCUGGAUCCCCGACAGGGCGUGGGCAUGAUUCUCGGCGUUUUGCUGACCGUUUACGGCGGCCACACUACCGUCUGGUUCGAUCACAAAGCCGUCGAGUCGCCUGGCUUAUACGCGCAUCUGAUUACCAAGUACAGAGCGACGAUUAUGAUUGCGGAUUACCCCGGGUUGAAGCGAGCUGCCUACAACUACCAGCAAGACCCCAUGACGACACGAAACUUCAAAAAGGGGAUGGAACCCAACUUCCAAGCGGUGAAGCUGUGCUUGAUUGAUACCCUGACCAUUGAUAGCGAGUUCCAUGAAGUUCUGGCCGAUAGAUGGCUGCGGCCCCUGCGAAAUCCGCGAGCGCGCGAGGUCGUGGCGCCGAUGCUCUGCCUCCCCGAGCAUGGCGGCAUGAUCAUUAGCGUUCGAGACUGGCUCGGCGGUGAAGAACGACUGGGAGUUCCGCUGAAACUGGACGAGUCUGACAGGGAGUCGGAUGACGAGAAAGAAGAGGAAGAGAAGCCGGCCCCGUCAAACGGAUUUGGUAGCUUGCUUGGUGGUGGAGCAGCGACAACCAAGGAGCAGGACGAGAAGAUUGAGUUGGGCGAGGUUAUCCUUGACCGAGAGGCUCUCAAGACCAACGAGGUUGUCGUCUUGGCUCAUGGCAACGAAGCUAGGAAGAAGACGUCGCUGGAGCCCACCAUGGUCCGGGUCGGCGCCUUUGGAUACCCUAUCCCAGAUGCCACGCUUGCUGUUGUGGACCCUGAGACUGGCCUCCUGGCAGCGCCGCACACGAUUGGCGAGAUCUGGGUUGACUCUCCGUCUCUCUCUGGAGGCUUCUGGGCGCAGCCAAAGAACACCGAGCUCAUCUUCCACGCGCGUCCGUACAAGUUCGAGCCUGGCGAGCCGACGCCAACUGCCGUGGAGCCGGAAUUCCUGCGAACCGGCCUGCUUGGCACAGUCAUCGAGGGCAAGAUCUAUGUGCUAGGAUUGUACGAGGAUCGGAUACGACAAAAGGUCGAAUGGGUUGAGCACGGCCACGCGGGUAUCGCCGAGUAUCGCUACUUCUUUGUUCAGCACAUUGUGGUGAGCAUCGUCAAGAAUGUCCCCAAGAUCCACGACUGCUCUGCCUUUGACGUCUUUGUCAAUGACGAGCACUUGCCUGUCGUGGUCCUCGAGUCUGCCGCAGCAUCAACGGCGCCUCUCACUUCGGGCGGCCCCCCUGUCCAGCCUGACACGGUUCUGUUAGACUCGCUGGCGGAGAAAUGCAUGGAGGUGCUCAUGCAGGAGCACCAUCUUCGGGUUUACUGCGUUAUGAUCACAGCCCCGAACGCACUGCCGCGAGUGAUCAAGAACGGAAGACGGGAAAUAGGGAACAUGCUCUGCCGGCGCGAGUUUGACCUUGGCAACCUCCCAUGCGUGCAUGUCAAAUUUGGCGUCGAACAUGCGGUUCUCAACCUCCCGAUUGGCGUUGACCCCAUUGGUGGUAUCUGGUCACCAAUCGCCUCGGACUCGAGAAUCAAUAUCCUGGCUCCCGCCGAUAAGCAGUAUUCUGGAAUCGACCGCAGAGAGGUUGUUAUGGACGACCGGACGUCUACACCGCUCAACAAUUUCAAGACCAUCACCGAUCUGAUCCAGUGGCGUGUUGCUCGCCAGCCAGAGGAGCUCGCUUAUUGUACCAUUGACGGCAGGGGCAGAGAGGGCAAGGGGAUUCCGUGGAAGAAGUUUGACUCCAAGGUGGCGGCUGUGGCCAUGUAUCUGAAGAACAAAGUCAAGGUGCGGCCGGGCGACCACCUGGUCCUCAUGUACACCCACUCCGAGGAGUUUGUCUUUGCCGUCCACGCGGGAAUCAACCUUGGCGCAGUCAUUAUUCCCAUGGCGCCGCUUGACCAGAACCGGCUCAACGAAGAUGUCCCUGCUUUCCUGCACCUGAUCGCUGACUACAAGGUUAAGGCGGUCCUGGUCAACCAGGAAGUGGACCAUUUGCUGAAGCUCAAGAUCGUGUCGAGCCACAUCAAACAGUCCGCACAGAUCCUGAAGAUCUCGAUGCCGAAUACCUACAACACUUCGAAGCCACCUAAGCAGAACAACGGUCUUCGCGAGCUUGGGCUGACGAUAGAUCCCGCCUGGAUCAGGCCUGGAUACCCCGUCCUCAUCUGGACAUACUGGACGCCGGACCAACGGAGAAUCGCCGUCCAGCUGGGGCAUGAUACCAUCCUGGGCAUGUGCAAAGUGCAGAAGGAGACUUGUCAGAUGACGAGCUUCCAGCCCGUUCUCGGUUGCGUAAGAAGCACAACGGGACUUGGUUUCGUGCACACGUGCCUGAUGGGCAUCUACGUUGGCACCGCCACCUACCUGCUGUCUCCUGUCGAGUUCGCCCAAAAUCCCAUCUCUCUCUUUGUUACGUUGUCGAGGUACAAGAUCAAGGACACCUAUGCAACGCCGCAGAUGCUUGACCAUGCCAUGUCGUCGAUGCAGGCCAAGGGCUUUACAAUGCACGAACUGAAGAAUAUGAUGAUUACUGCAGAGGGCCGGCCGCGGGUAGAUGUAUUCCAGAAGGUACGGAUGCAUUUUGCGAGCGCCGGGCUGGAUAGGACGGCCAUCAACACGGUCUACUCGCAUGUGCUCAACCCGAUGAUUGCUUCGAGGUCUUACAUGUGCAUCGAGCCUAUUGAGCUCUGGCUCGACACCAAGGCUCUUCGACGCGGCCUCGUCGUCCCGGUCGAUCACGAUUCAAACCCGCAAGCUCUUCUCCUGCAGGAUUCCGGCAUGGUGCCGGUGUCUACCCAGAUUGCCAUUGUCAACCCCGAGAGCCGCGCGCAUUGCUACGAUGGAGAAUAUGGCGAGAUCUGGGUCGACUCCGAGGCGUGCGUAAAGGCCUUUUACGGCUCCAAGGAAGCGUUUGACGUGGAGCGCUUCGACGGCCGGACGGUCGACGGCGACCCCAACGUGCGAUACGUGCGAACUGGUGACUUGGGCUUUUUGUAUAAUGUCAACCGGCCUAUCGGGCCCAACGGCGCCCUGGUGGAGAUGCAAGUCUUGUUUGUGCUCGGUAGCAUCGGCGAGACUUUUGAAAUUAACGGUUUGAGUCACUUCCCCAUGGAUAUUGAGCUGUCGGUGGAACGCUGCCACCGCAACAUUGUACCCAACGGCUGUGCUGUAUUCCAAGCUGGUGGCUUGGUCGUGGUCCUGGUAGAGGUGAGCCGCAAGUCUUACCUCGCCUCCAUGGUGCCAGUCAUUGUCAACGCCAUCUUGAGCGAGCAUCAGAUCGUUGCCGAUAUUGUGGCCUUUGUCAACAAGGGCGACUUCCCACGCUCUCGCCUGGGAGAGAAGCAGCGAGGAAAGAUCCUCGCCGGAUGGGUUACGCGCAAGAUGCGCACCAUGGCCCAGUUCGCCAUCAGAGAUCUCGACGCCAGCAUGCUCGAGCCGGGUGAGGGUCCGGAUGCCAAUAGGACCUCUACGGGUAGCCUCCGUAGCCUGGGCGCCGCCGUCCCGCCAAACUUCAAGAUGGUUGGACAGGCGCCGCAGAUACUGGAACAGGAGGAAUUUACGCAGCAGAUGGAUCACAUGGCCCAUUCGGAGCCGGUCAGGCAUGCCAUGGCCGCUCCAGAGGAGCAGCAGGCGCCGGCGGCCUAUUACGCUGGCGGCCAGGAGGCUGCUUUCAUGCAGGGCUAUAAUCAGCAGCCGCCACCACCACCACCAAGCAGCCAGGGAGGAUACCAGCCGAUGGACUCUCGAGGACAAGAUGCGCCGUCCAUUGUUGAGCCAGAGACCUCAGCCUCCGUGCCUGAUACGCCGCCGCCGAGAAACAGGUUGAGUCAAGGGCCGCCCCAGAUCCGGCUCCCGGGCGUUGACGGACGGGAAGGGCUCGACUUCUGGGGAGGCAACGACGAGACGGACUGGACGGCCGAUGCCAUGAUGCACAUGAAUCUCACUGGCCCACGGUAA